AUGAACGGCGUCUCAACGCCGAACAACAAGGGCGGUUUGUCGGCCAACGACAACAUCACUCGCUUCUCCGCUCCUAGCCGUCCUUUGAGCCCUCCGGCUGCACACACCCUCUUCCACCCCAAGACGCGAUGCCUCGUCUACGGCUUGCAGCCCCGCGCCGUGCAGGGCAUGCUCGAUUUCGACUUCAUCUGCCAGCGUAAAACACCCUCGGUCGCUGGCAUCAUCUACACUUUCGGCGGCCAGUUCGUGAGCAAGAUGUACUGGGGAACAAAGGAAACCCUUCUGCCCGUAUACCAAUCGACCGAGAAGGCAAUGGCUCAGCACAGCGAUGUCGACACCAUUGUCAACUUCGCCUCCUCUCGUUCCGUCUACCAGUCCACCAUGGAGCUCAUGCAAUACCCUCAGAUCAAGUGCAUCGCCAUCAUUGCUGAAGGCGUUCCGGAAAGACGCGCCCGAGAGAUCCUACACGUCGCUCAGAAGAAGGGUGUCACCAUCAUUGGCCCUGCUACCGUCGGUGGCAUCAAGCCGGGAGCCUUCAAGAUCGGCAACACUGGCGGCAUGAUGGACAACAUUGUGGCCUCCAAGCUGUACCGCCCCGGUUCCGUCUCCUACGUCUCCAAGUCGGGCGGUAUGUCCAACGAGCUGAACAACAUCAUUGCCAACACCACCAACGGCGUCCUGGAGGGCAUUGCGAUCGGUGGUGACAGAUACCCCGGUACCUCCUUCAUUGACCACAUCCUGAGAUACCAGGCCGACCCUGAUUGCAAGAUCAUCGUGCUGCUGGGUGAGGUCGGUGGAGUUGAGGAGUAUCGUGUCAUCGAGGCCGUCAAGUCCGGCCAGGUCACCAAGCCCAUCGUUGCAUGGGCCAUUGGUACCGUCGCUGCUAUGCUCAAGACCGAGGUGCAGUUCGGCCAUGCUGGUUCCUUUGCCAACUCGCAGCUGGAGACGGCUACAGCCAAGAACGCGCACAUGAGGGCGGCUGGUUUCCAUGUUCCCGACACCUUCGAAGACAUGCCCCGCACACUGGCGAAGGUUUACAAUGACCUCGUCCAGGCUGGCACCAUCAAGCCGGCGGCUGAGCCCCCGGUCCCCAAGAUCCCCAUGGACUACGCAUGGGCUCAGGAGCUCGGUCUCAUUCGAAAGCCCGCUGCCUUCAUUUCCACCAUCUCCGACGACCGUGGCCAAGAACUUCUGUAUGCUGGCAUGCCCAUCUCUGCCGUUUUCGAGGAGAAGAUUGGCAUUGGCGGUGUCAUGUCGCUUCUGUGGUUCCGUCGCCGUCUCCCUGACUAUGCCACCAAGUUCCUCGAGAUGGUUCUCAUGCUGACUGCCGACCACGGCCCGGCCGUGUCUGGUGCCAUGAACACCAUCAUCACCACCCGUGCAGGCAAAGAUCUCAUCAGCUCCCUGGUGUCCGGUCUGUUGACCAUCGGAUCAAGGUUCGGCGGUGCCUUGGACGGUGCGGCAGAGGAGUUCACCAAGGCCUACGACAAGGGCCUCAGCCCGCGUGACUUUGUCGACACGAUGAGGAGAGAGAACAAGCUGAUUCCCGGUAUCGGUCACAGGAUCAAGUCCCGCAACAACCCCGAUCAGCGUGUCGUCCUCGUCACCAACUAUGUCCGGGACAACUUCCCCAGCCACGAACUGCUCGACUACGCUCUUGCUGUCGAGACGGUAACCACGUCGAAGAAGGAUAACCUGAUCCUCAACGUUGACGGCUGCAUUGCCGUGUGCUUUGUUGAUUUGAUGCGCAAUUGCGGCGCCUUCUCCCCCGAGGAGGCCGAGGACUACAUGAAGAUGGGUGUGCUCAACGGUCUUUUCGUGCUCGGCCGCAGUAUUGGUCUGAUUGCCCAUUUCCUCGACCAGAAGCGGUUGAGGACCGGUCUGUACCGCCAUCCAUGGGACGACAUCACCUACCUUCUUCCUUCCAUCCAGCAGGGCAACGCCCCGGGAGCCGAAGGCCGCGUGGAGGUGUCGGUGUAA